AGAGCUUUGCGAUCGGAAUCCGGUGAUGUUCUUGCGAAAAUUAGAGGCUUCGUUCGAUUGAUGUUGGAGGGACUACGCAAUGAUCGACUCCCUUCUGUUGCCCUAGAUCGGUUCAAAACCUACUGUUCUGAUCCCUCUGGAGACUGUUCUUGCAGCUCUGACUUGCCCUGUGGCAAGGAUAUUGUCUCACUUGAAAGUAAAAGCCAUGCAUACAGGAUUGAUAUCAUGCUCAGAGUGUUAUUGAUCAUUCAACAACUUUUGCAAGAAAACAAGCACGCAUCCAAGAGAGACAUUUAUUACAUGGAACCAUCUGUCUUUCAAGACCAAGGAAAUGUUGAUAGGGCAAUUAAUGACAUUUGCAUCCUUUUCGAAUGCAGCCGCCAUCAUCUGAAUGUGGUGCCUAUGGGAAAAGGACUGGUCAUGGGCUGGUUGAGAUUCAGUGAGGCGAGAAGACAAGUGAACUGCAUAAAGAAUCCCAACAAUGCAUAUCCUGUACCAAUAAGCAUUGAGGAAGUAGAAGAUAUUGUCAGUGUCGCCCAAUACAUACUUGUUGUAGAAAAGGAAACAGUUUUUCAGCGACUAGCAAAUGAUAAGUUUUGUGAAAGAAAUCGUUGCAUUGUCAUUACAGGAAGAGGAUAUCCGGAUGCUCCUACAAGAAGGUUUCUGCUCCAUCUUGUGGAACACCUGCAUUUGCCCGUUUACUGUUUGGUAGAUGCUGAUCCUUAUGGUUUUGACAUCCUGACAAUAUAUAGGUUUGGUUCAAUGCAAAUGGCAUAUGAUGCUAAGUUACUGCGAGUGCCAGGGAUGCACUGGCUAGGAGUUUUUCCCUCUGACUAUGACAAAUUUCGUCUUUCAAACCGAUGUCUUCUUAAUUUGACAGCUAAAGAUAAGCAGAAAGCUGAAUCUAUACUAACCAGAUGCUAUUUGCACAAGGAAACACCGAAAUGGAGGUUGGAGUUGGAGAUCAUGCUGGAAAAGGGAGUGAAAUUUGAGAUUGAAGCACUGUCUGCUUCUUCACUCUCCUUCUUGUCCACCUAUAUACCACAAAAGAUUCAUGAAGGUCUUUAUAUAUAACUAUUCAUAUCCCUUUACCAUUCUCUCAUUGCAUAUG